UUUGUGGUCUAUGGAGUGCUUUUCAUACUGUACCUUAAUUAACUGAUUUCCUGUCUUUAAGACUUUCUCAUUUCAUCAUUCUCCAUGACUUCAUCCCUUUCCUUAUUCCUCACCUCCUGAAACGCCCUCUUUUACGGCCCCUCACUUCUGCAUCCCAUGGCAGGUCGUCUGGCCUCUCCUCUUUCUCCUCUCCCACUCACCCCCCCCCCCCAUCCUCACCUCCUGUUCUCCUUCUCCUGAAUCCAAAGGUGAAGAUGCCUGCUAACGGGAACCGUCCCUUGAAGUUGCAGUUCGGUCUAAUUAACCACGAGGGUCGCUACCUCACUGCGGAAUCCUUUGGCUUCAAGGUGAAUGCGUCAGCGCCGAGCCUGAAGAAGAAGCAGAUAUGGACUCUGGAGCAGGACUCUCAGGACUCCCAGGUGGUGUGCCUGCGAAGUCACCUGGGACGCUACCUGGCCUCCGACAAGGACGGCAACGUCACCUGUGAGGCAGACGGCCAUAGCCCUGCCUGCCGCUUCCUCCUCGUGGCUCAGUCGGACGGGCGCUGGGCCCUGCAGUCCGAGCAGCACCUGCGCUUCUUCGGCGGCUCCCGGGACUUCCUGUCCUGCUUCGCACAGGUGAUCACAGACGCCGAGCUGUGGGCGGCGCACCUGGCUCUGCAUCCGCAGGCCAACCUGCUGUCUGUGGCCCGCAAGCGCUACGCCCACCUCUCCGCGGAGGACGGGGAGGUCGCCGUGGAUAUGAACAUUCCCUGGGGCGUGGCGGCGCUCCUGACCCUCGUCUACCUGGACGGGAAGUACUGCCUGAAGACCUGCGACGGCCGCUUCCUCGGCAACGACGGGAAGCUGUUGGCGCAGGGCGGCAGGACCGCGGCGUACACGCUGGAGCUCAAGUGCGGGAAGCUGGCCUUCAAGGACUGCGAGGGGAAGUACUUGUCUCCCAUGGGCCCCAGCGGCACCCUGAGGUCCGGCCGGUGCUCCAAGCCGGGCAAAGAUGAACUGUUUGACCUGGAGGAGAGCCACCCGCAGGUGGUUCUGAUGGCUGCCAACGGGCGAUACGUCUCCAUAAGGCAAGGAGCGAGCCUGGCAGCCAAUCAGGAAGAAGAGACGGACACGGAGACCUUCCAGAUGGAGAUCGACAAGGAAACCGGGAAGUGCAUGCUGCGCACCAGCCAAGGGAGCUACUGGGAUCUGGUGGCCCACGGAGGCAUCCAGAUCACUGCCACGGAAGUGUCAGCCAACGCCAUGUUUUCAGUGGAGUGGCUCGGCCACCGGGUGGCGCUGAAGGCCAACAACGGAAAGUACAUCUGCACCAAGAAGAACGGCCAGCUGCUGGCCGUGAGCGACUCCGUAGGCGAGGACGAGCAGCUCACCCUGAAGCUCAUCAACCGGCCCAUGCUGAUCCUGAGAGGAGAGAACGGCUUCAUCUGCCGCCACAAGAACUCCAACCUCCUGGACGGCAGCAGAUCGGUCUACGACAUCUUCUCCCUGCACUUCAGCCACGGGGCGUACCACAUCAAAGGCGUGGACGGCCGGUUCUGGUACGUGAACGGCGGCGGCCUGGUGUGCUCGGACGGCGAGGCGCCCGAGGACUUCGCCCUGGAGCUCCCGGAGCGCGGCCGCCUCGCCAUCCGCGCCAAGAGCGGCAAAUACCUGCGCGGGGACCGGGGGGGCACGCUGAAGGGGGACGGACUGGGCCUGAGCCGCUCGGCCCUGUGGGAGUACUGA